AAUUUUAAAUUAAUGCUACGUCAACAUAGAGUGUUUAAAUUUUAGUCGUCACAUGUUUUUUUUUGUAAACCUCUUAAGCCGUCUCGCUUCAAUUGAAAAUAAAAAAAAGAGAAAAAAAAAUUAGGCUUUUUUUAAAAAAUGAAGAAUUUGAAUUUUUGCGAAAAAAGUGUGUUAGUAGAGUGUUGGAAAUCUUUACAAACUAUUUUCUUAGAGUACGAAACAAGUGGUCAAAUAUCAAUGCAAUUUAAUGAAGAUAUUGCUCUUUUAAAAGAUUAUAUGAUUCAUGUUCUCGAAACUAUGAAUAGUCACCUAACAAAGGCUAAAGCUGUUUUCAAUGAAAAGGAAUAUCUUGAAACGUUUCAGUGUAUUCUGGAUAUUUUUGUCUUACUUGAAGAGAAAUCCUCAUCGUUUCAGUUACUUCCUAGUCGAUUAACAGUUCGAUUAGGUUGUUUGUUAGUGUAUGUUGCUUUCAAUUUACUUAAGCAAAACAAUAGAAAUGAAGAAGAUCUUUGGAUAUCGAAUCUUUCCUUUCUGCAUCCAUGUAUUGAAAUUUUUCCUAAGCUGCUAAAACAAAUUUUAGCUGAUUUGGAAUUGAAAUGUUAUGAAAUUCUUCAAUCUUAUUCCGACACUAAGGAAAAUCUUGAUUCAGACACUCUUACUUCUUUCAAAAUUCUGCGGCUUAUUUCUCACACACCAUCCCUACAUGAAUUCAUGUUUCUAUUAUGGGAUUACACUGAGGCUAUUCAAAAUAUAUGUGAUAUGGUUAUUGAAAUGAUAAACGAUUCUUCAGUGUUGCUUUGUAUGAAGGAAAAAUGUCAUCUACUUUGUUCUUUUCUACUAUGCCUGCCAACGUUUCGUUUGCGUCAUUUGCCUUCGUAUAAACCAUUGGAAUUUCUUUUGAACUCUUCUUUUUUUAUUCCAGUUCAUCAACAUGCAACGCAUUCUUUUCUUUUCUAUUGUGAUAACACUUUACAAUACUUACUUUCAAAAAUAACAGCGAGUAUUAUACAAUAUGUAUGUUUAACGCAAGAGGAUUUGUCAUGUUUGAUAGAUUUAUUAUGUCGAUUACUGGAAGAGGUUCUAUAUUUGAAAAUUCCUUUAACAAUCACAACUAAGGAUGUCUUUCAUUUUUAUCAAUAUGCUGUACAACAUGCAUCAAAACCAAUGGUCAAAAAAACAAGAAGAGUGUGCUCUUUACUUUUACCGCUUAUUACUACACGUUUUGAAGAAUGGAAAGAAGAAAAACAAUUAUUUACUUUAUUAUGUCAGCUUUUAGAAGAACAUUUAGUAUUACACACUUCACCUCUACCAUCUCUUUUUACCUACUAUACACAGUGGACACAACCUUUAAGUAAAAUGGUUCUUUUUUGUACCACAUUACAAGAUCUUUUUAUAACACAACUUCCUUCUUUAACACCUUCUCUUCAUGGUCCUAUCAUUGCUGAACUUUUAUUUCAUGCAUGGUCAUCUUUAUGUUAUCACGAAACACAUACUUUAUCUUACUGUUUAGCAAAACAAUUUUUUCAUUGGUUUCUUCAUUUAUCAAUACAUUUGACUAAAAACAUGAUUAAAGAACGUACGCAACUUUUUUUUCUUCUCUAUGUGUGGCGCUUAUUUGGAAGAACACUUGAAAAGCGUACUUUUCUUUUCAAUACUUGUUUAAAAUAUUUAAUCUCGUACGCUUUGUUUACAACCUACAACACUCACCUUCCUACAUUACCAUUACCGCAAACAGACUGGGAAUGGGACACCGUUCGAGCGAAUAUUGUCUGCUAUCCCUCCCGUUCACAAACCAAUCUCAUGCAACUUGUCUUAAUACCUUAUUUAAGCAACCACACUCAAUUAGACACUGUUUUAAAUCUUUUUCAAAAUGUUUUAAAAAGAAUUCAUUUUUUAUUAAAAUCCUUUUUUUAUCACACAAAAAAUGACCCAACUAGACAAACUCUUAUCACAAUUUCACAAAAUUCUUUGGAUCAUGUUUGGAGUCAAUGUUUUAGUCUUCAUCAUUUAAUUGCAUUUCUUCAUGUCCCCUUGCGUCUUUUAAAACAGUAUGGAACCGUUUUUCACUUCACACAAGCACAAGAACUAGUACAAGUAUUUUACCAGUACUUUAUCACAUUACAGCCUCCUUCUUCAAAUCAUCACGACAGUAACAACUUGCAUCAAAAAUCUAUGACCGGCCAUUGGAAUCAAACAUUAGUACAAUAUGAUUUAUUUUGUUUUUGUUUGGAUACCUUUACGUGUUAUCCACACAUUAUAACACAAAAAACAUUCACACUCAUUUUAAACUAUACAGGUGAUAUGCUUUUACCAAGAAACUUCACACUAUUGACGACGACAUUAGUUCCUUGGAUUCCUCGUUUUUUGGCUUCUUUAUGGAGUCUUAAUAAUCUUAUUAGAUGUGUCCCUGAAAAUCAUUCAAACUAUCCACCAUUGGUUUUACGCUGUAUUAAUAAAUCGCUGUGUCUUUUUAAAACCUUGGUUGAGUGUCAUCAAGAUACAUCUUGUUCUCAAUGUACUACCAUUAUUUCCUAUAUCGUUACAUGGUUUGUUGUUUUAACAUACCGGAGGGGCGGUAAUACAAACAACAAUUGUUUCACGUUAUGUGACCAAAAUCAGUUAUUUUUACUUCGAAAAACAUUGAAUAACUUGAAGAAAGAUACCACAAUGGAAAGGAUUGUGACGCUCUUUUGUGACUGUAUUGGAAAUACGCGUUGGCAACCUUCCUUAAGUGAACAAAUCAAUUCUUUGUUACUUAAUCGUCUUCAAGAACUAGAAAAUAUGAAAAAACGCCCAUAAAACAUUACUAGUAGAAAAGUAACAAUAAAGAAAGUUUUUUCUGAAAUCCACAAGUGCCGUAAACGGUACAAGCCAACUGAAACAAUUCGGUUUUGAUAAAUUCUUCUUCUACUCCCAUCUUGUGGUAGUUGAUAUAA